AUGCCCGACCUGUGGGCUGGCUGGUCCUUGCCUGCACACGGGACCCGUGAAGGCAGAGCUCCUCGUUCCAGCGGGGUGCGGAUUUCCUUAUGUGGUCAAGUAGAUGCGUUUAUUUCAGCCUUAAGUUUUCUGAUGCCAGUGCUUGCUAUGGCAUCUGUGACUUCACCGGUUAUAUUUAAGGAGUUUUGUCCCUUAUAUUAUCUUCUCAAUGCCAUUCCUACAAAGGUCCAAAAGGGCUUUCGCUCUAUUGUGGUAUACCUCACAGCACUUGAUACCAAUGGAGACUACAUUGCCGUGGGGAGCAGCAUUGGAAUGCUUUAUCUCUACUGUAGACAUUUAAACCAGAUGAAAAAAUACAACUUUGAGGGGAAGUGUGAAUCUAUUACUUUUGUAAAGCUGUUGAGUUGUUUCGAUGAUCUAGUUGCUGUUGGUACUGCCUCGGGCCGGGUUGCAGUUUUUCAGCUUGUAUCUUCAUUACCUGGAAGAAACAAACAGCUACGGAGAUUUGAUGUUGCUGGUAUCCACAAAAGUAGCAUUACAGCUUUAACUUGGAGUCCCAAUGGAAUGAAGUUAUUCUCUGGUGAUGACAAAGGGAAGAUUGUCUACUCUGCCCUAGACCUAGACCAGGGUAUUUGCAACUCCAGCCUUGUAUUGGAAGAGCCAUCUUCGAUUGUCCAGUUGGAUUACAACCAGAAAGUGCUGCUUGUCUCUACUUUACAACGGACUCUACUUUUUUACACAGAAGAGAAAUCUGUCAAGCAAGUUGGAACACAGCCCAGAAAAAA